GCGGAUGCGCACGCAGCGCUGUUGUUCUGCUCAUAAUUGUCGACUCUGCCUGCGGCGGGUUUGGUGUAUGCACCCCUCAAGAAUGUAUGCAGGUAUCCAGUCUGAGGCUGAAGGGAACUGGUUCUCUUCUGGGAAUGCGGAUUUGAAGUCCAUGGUGACAGUCCCAGGUGGAGAGAGGCUGGCCCUGAAUAACAUGAUGACCAUCUCUUUGAACCCCCGAAUCCUGGCAAUGCAUGAACAAGAUAGGGAUGAUUCAAGAGAGCAGGUAACCACCCUAGGAAGAGAAAAAUUUAACCCUGAGGCUUCUCGCCAGAACUUCAGAUGUUUUCCAUACCCAGAGAAAGCUGGACCCCGUGAGGCUGUGAACCAGCUCUGGGAACUCUGCCUUCAGUGGCUGAGGCCAGAGAUUCACACAAAGGAGCAGAUCCUGGAGCUGCUGGUGCUGGAGCAAUUCCUGACCAUCUUGCCCAGUGAGAUCCGGAUUUGGGUGAAGUCACAGCAUCCGGAGAACAUUGAGGAGGUGGUCACACUGGUGGAGGAUUUGACCCAAAUGCUUGAGGAAGAGGUUCCGAGUUCACAAGAUUCCCCCCUUUUCCAAGAGGGAAGCACAGAGAAGGAGGGAAUAUCGGUUGUGUUACCAAUAGCCAGCUUUCAGGAAACCAUCACAUUCCAGGAUGUGGCUCCAGACUUCACUUGGGAAGAAUGGGCACAAUUGGACCCUGGUCAGCAGGACCUCUAUAGAGAUGUGCUGAUGGAAAACUAUAGAAACCUGGUCUUUAUUGGACUUUCAAUUUCCAAACCAGAUGUGAUCUCUCAAUUGGAGCAUGGAGAAGUGCCAUGGUUGCUGAAGAAUGAAGCUCCAAGAAGCAUCUGCCCAUAUUGGGACAUUGGACCUGAAGUGGAGUUUAUUCCAAUGUGGGGAACUACUGUAGAUGAAUCAUCUCAGGAGACACUAAUGGAAAGAACCACGAGGAAUAAUUCCUGGGACUCUAGAUUGGAAGAAGCUUUUAAAUGUUAUGGUUCACUAGUGAGGCAUCAGGGCCAUCAGGAAACACAUUUGAAACAAGUAACAAUCACACAUGAAGAAACUUUAAGUAUGGAGAGAGGCUCUGAAAACAAUGAAUUUGGGGGAUGCUUCAGUCUGAGCUCAAUUCUAAUUACACAACAGAAAGUUCCUAUAGUAAAUCAAUCAAUCAACAAUAAUUUAUUAGGUGCCUACUAUGUGCCAGGCACUGUGUUAGGCGCUGGAGAUACAAAUAGAAUAAAUGAGACAAUCCCUAGUCUUUAUAGCUUUGACACACGUGGAAAGAGUUUCCAAGAUAAUUCAGAAUUAAAUAAAUGUCAAAAAAUCUACACAGGGAAUUAUAGAUUGAUGUAUAAUGAAUUUGGGGAAGCCUUAAGCCAGAUUUCACAAUUUAACCUUCAUCAUACAGAUCAUUCUGGAGAGAAACCCUAUAGAUGUAAUGAAUGUGGGAAAGCGUUUACCCAAAGGGCAAGCCUUACUCAACAUCACCGUAUUCAUUCUGGAGAGAAACCUUUUAAAUGUAAUGAAUGUGGGAAGGCCUUCACCCAGAGGGCACAUCUUACUCAACAUCUGUUUACUCAUAAUGGUGAGAAACCUUUUAAGUGUUAUCAGUGUGGGAAAGCCUUCAUCCAGAUAUCACAGCUUAAUAUUCAUCAAAGAAUUCAUUCUGGUGUGAGAUCCUAUAUUUGUAAUGAUUGUGGGAAAGCCUUUACCCAGAGGACAAAUCUUACUCAACAUCAGAGGAUUCAUUCUGGAGAGAAACCUUUUAAAUGUAAUGAGUGUGGGAAAGCCUUUACCCAGAGGGCACACCUUACUCAACAUAUGUUUACUCACAGUGGAUCUAAACCUUUUAAGUGUAAUGAAUGUGGAAAAGCCUAUAGCCAGCUUUCACAACUUAAUGUUCACCGGAGAAUUCAUUCUGGAGAGAAAUCCUAUAAGUGUAAUGAAUGUUCAAAAGUGUUUCCUAUGUGGGCAGAACUUACUCGACAUUUGAGAACUCAUUCUGGAGAGAAACCUUACAAAUGUAACGAAUGUGGGAGCUUUACUCAGAGGGCAAGCCUUACUCAACAUCACAGAAUUCAUUCUGGAGAGAAACCUUAUAAAUGUAAUGAAUGUGGGAAAGCCUUCACCAAGAGGGCACAUCUUACCCAGCAUCAGUUUACUCAUAGUGGAGAGAAACCAUUUAAGUGUAAUGAAUGUGGGAAAGCCUAUGGCCAAUUUUCACAGCUUAAUAUUCACCUAAGAAUUCAUUCUGGAGAAAGAUCUUAUAAGUGUAAUGAAUGUGGGAAAGCCUUCACCCAAAGGGCAAGCCUUACUCAACAUCAGAGAAUUCAUUCUGGAGAAAAACCUUAUAAAUGUAAUGAAUGUGGGAAAGCUUUCACCCAAAGAGCACAUCUAACUCAACAUCAGUUUACUCAUAAUGGAGAGAAACAUUUUAAGUGCAAUGAAUGUGGAAAAGCUUAUAGCCAGAUUUCACAGCUCAAUAUACAUCGAAGAAUUCAUUCUGGAGAGAAAUCCUAUAAAUGUAAUGAAUGUGAGAAAAUUUUCCCCAAGUGGGCAGACCUUAAUCGACAUCAGAGAAUUCAUUCUGGAGAGAAACCUUAUAAAUGUAAUGAAUGUGAGAAAGCCUUUACCCAGAGGGCACACCUCAGUCGACAUUUGCUUACUCAUAGUGGAGAGAAACCCUUUAAGUGCAAUGACUGUGGAAAAGCCUUCACCCAGAGGGCAUAUGCUCUUCAACAUCAGAGAAUUCAUUUGGGAGAGAAGUGCCUUACACCUAGUAGGAGCUUAAUAAACAUUUGUGAAUUGAAGUGAAUUAAAAUGCUUUCCUGAAAUCUAA